UUUCUCGAUUCAUAUUUGUGCGCCAUGUUUGAUGUACUGAAGUUUCAACUUCCGAUUGUCAAGUCAUUUGCAUAUGCCAUAUAAGGUAGUAUUUACAUCAAUGGACAAGUAUGGAGGCGAAAGCUAUUUCGUCGGUAUUGAAAAGAAAGAAAAUGCGGGCUGCCAUUUUAGGAUCGGGGAUGCUGGUAGGAGCAUGCUUGGCUGGAGCAGGUUACGCAUUGCUCGGUUUACUUUUCACAGUAGCUGUAGCCGUCGGAACUCUUUUGCAGUAUCUAUACGUUCCUAUGCCUGCCAUAGCUGAGGAAAAGUUUAAAAGAUGGGGAUUUAUAGCGGGUUUGAAAAUCCUCUAUCCUUUGAUAGGAUUCCUGCAGUGGAUGGGAAGGGGACACGAGAUGAAGAUUGGAAGGGAGAUUUUCUUUCUGGAGGCAACGGACACAGAAACAAACAAAGAAGUUGUUACAGAGGACACAAAGUUUGAGGACGUGACGGUUCGCAUUUACCGACCAGUUGACCUGUCAGACGAGGAGAGAUUGCCAGGAAUUGUCUACUGUCAUGGAGGAGGCUGGUGUUAUGAUGCGUUUGGAAAGUAUGAUAUAAUGAUCAAACGGAUGCUGAAAUUCAAGACAAUGAUCGUUAUUUAUGUGAGAUACCGACUAGCUCCCGAAUUUCCAUUUCCGACUGGAAUCGACGACUGCUUUGUAGCUACACGAUACGUUCAGAGGAAUACCGAGAGACUUAAUUUAGACCCCGAAAAACUUGUUCUGAUGGGAGAUAGUGCUGGUGGAUGUAUGACAAUGAAUAUGCUGAUCAGAAUGAUUACUGAAGCCGAACACGGUCUCCCGAAAUUCAAAAUACAGGUUGCAAUUUACCCUUUUGUGCAAGCCUUGGAUUUUGCGACAUCUUCGCACCAGAUUUUCGUUGACAACAAUUCACCCACUUUUCUGAAUUCUACAUUGACUUUGAAAUUUCUCAUCACAUAUGCUCUCGGUAACGUAAAGAUCAAUGAAUCCGAAAUACAAAAGUUGCAAGAAAAUGCUCAUUGGACAGAUGAAAUAAGAAACUCGAAGUUACCAAACCUUGUCAGCAGUGAUGUGCUACCACCAAAUAUUGAGAGACCAAAAGCAUUGAAACAGCUAUCCAAAAACACCGAUUCUGCCUUGGCACAAAAAUUCAAUGACACAUUUCUUGAUGUGAGGUUCUCUCCACUCUUCGCUAAUGACAGUAUUCUUCAAAAAAUGCCGAAAACGUACAUCUUGUCAGCUGGUCUUGAUUCAAUUCGUGACGACGCAUUUUUCCUUGAAGACAGAUUGCGGAAACUGAAUGUUGACGUCACGCAUCGUCACUGGGUCUCAAUGGACCAUGCAUUUUUGUGCUUAGAAUUUUACAACAACUCGUUGAAAGCGCUGGAGGAAAUUGUCGAUUAUCUAGAUACAAACUUGUAGUGUUUGGCAAAUUACCUAACCAUGCAUGUACUGUUGAUAUGAUUUUAGUGUUUCGUCUUUAACUUCAUACUAAUUGUUUGUAAGCAGAUGAACAUGUAUAUGAAUAUUCAAUUAUAAUCUUGUUGGAAGGCAAGAAUAGCAUGAAAGGAUUUUGAGUCUCGGAUGAGUCCAAAUUAGGCCUAUCUUUUAAUGUUUUAAUGUUAAUACACCUAUUAUGUUAUGUAAAACUUAUACGGUACCAAUUUUGAUGCACCAGAUGCGCAUUUCGACAAAUGUCUCUUCAGUGAUGCUCAAGCCGAAAUAUUGGAAAUCCGAAAUAACAAUAAACUUGUAAGAACUAAAAGAAAAA